AUGGCUUCUCUUGACCUGCAGACUAGCGUUCCACCCCCUGUUUUCAACAGUGCUGUUUCGUCUAAGCAGCAGAGUAGUCGUUACCGCGAUCAAUCACCUCCCCGAAGAAGUCGACAUGAUUCUGAAUCAGAUAAUUCUCCUCCAAGAAAGUCAAAACCUAACUCCAUGCCCGAUCAGUCACCGCCUAGAAGACGUCGAAAUGCUUCUGAAUCGGAUCAUUCUCCACCAAGAAAAUCAAGGUCUAGCUUUAAACCAGAUCACUCGCCGCCUAGAAGACGCCGGCAUGAUUCUGAAUCAGAUACUUCUCCUCCGAGAAAAUCAAAACCUAACUCCAUGCUCGAUCAGUCACCGCCUAGAAGACGGCGAAAUGUUUCUGAAUCAGAUAAUUCUCCACCAAGAAAGUCAAGGUCUAGCUUCAAACCAGAUCACUCGCCGCCUAGAAGACGCCGGCAUGAUUUUGAAUCAGGUAGUCCUCCAAGAAAGCCAAGACCUAACUCCAUGCCCGAUCACUCACCGCCUAGAAAACGUCGAUGUGCUUCUGAAUCAGAUAACUCCCCACCAAGAAAAUCUGAAUCUGAAUUGAAAACUGAUCGUCCACCGCUUAGAAGAUAUCGACACGAUUCUGAGUCAAACAGCUUUUUACCAAAGAAAUCGAGAUCUGAAUUGAGAUCUAGUCGUUUUCUUAGGAGACACCAUCGUGGCUCCCAAUCCUCCCAAUCGGAUAACUCCCCACAAAGAAAAUCUAGGUCGCAUUUUGAUUCUAGUCGCUCAUCUUCUCGAAGACGUGAUGAGAGGCUGGAAGAGGGUUCUUUGAAAAAAAGAAAAAGAGAUGUGACAUCAAACGAAGGAACUUUUGGAAAGAGUCGUUCUUCUACACCAGAUCUCUCCUUACGAAGAAAACAGAAGUACUACUCAUCGUUGCAGAAGAGCCACCGAGUUUCUCAGCAAGAACAAGGUCAGGAACAAAAGCAGAAACCAACAUCUUCUUCUAGGAAACUCGUUAAGGAUUUAGGACUUGGUAAGAAGUUUUUGGAAAGACUGCGAAAGUUUGUUUUCAAAAAGUCAUCAUUUGGAACGACUCUUGAUGGUAAAAAAGCAGGGCUGCAGUGUGUUAAGGAUAUACGUGAAGAAUUGAGUAAUUUGAAGAAGAAAGAAGAUGAGGUGUUCGACACUUUGGGCGAUGAAGUCACUGGGCGUAAUGCAGUUGCUGUACAGCGUAAAAAAAUGACAGGGAAGGAUCGGGAGAAUAUUGAGGAUCGAGAGAGGAAGGAAAGGGAAGCAAAAAAACAGCAGGAGCUUGAAGAAAAAUAUAAAGUUUGGAAUCGAGGUGUACGACAAGUAAAACAGAGGACCGAGAACUUGAAUGAAAUGGCGCGGGUUGCUCAGGAAGAGUUUGCUAGAACAGCUGACAAUGAAGCAAUGAACGCUCAUAUGAAGGAGAUGCUUUUUAAAGAUGAUCCUAUGCUCCAUUAUAUAAAAAAGAAAAAGAUGAAGAAGGCAUUGAAGGCAGGAGAAGUUUAUCCGACGUACCAAAAAAGUUAUCCUCCAAAUCGGUUCAACAUUCCUCCUGGUUAUCGUUGGGACUCUGUGGACCGAUCCAACCAUUUUGAAGAAAAAAUUGUUCAGGCGGCAAAUCGUAAAGCAGCCCAAGAGCGAGAGUACUAUGAAAAUAUUUCAAAAUAUGAAUAA